AUGGUACCACCAGAGGCAGAAGAGACAGCCAGCAUAUCUGGGUCACAAUGUGUCAGUGUUACAUCCACAACUUCUGCCCUACCUGCUCCCCCUGCAUCAGGUAUCUCUGUCUCAGCUGCUGGCACAGUGGAGCUGACUGCGAACAGUAGUAGUGGAGGUGGUGGUUUUGUCAUCCAUCAGGAAAUGACAGGACUAGAGGAGGGCAUUAGGGAGAGGAGAAUGACGGCAACAAUUGGCAGGGUUGAAAAGAUGCUGCAUCAUAUUGGCAAAAUGAUACUAACCAUUUUUUUGACUACUGUGAUGAUUUUUAUAACUAUUAUGGACAUCUUUGGCAAUACCUUGGUUAUCUUAUCUAUCCUAAGGAACAAGAAACUGAGAAAUGCUGGUAAUGUCUUUGUUAUUAGCUUGUCAUCAGCAGACCUGAUGGUAGGUCUAUAUUCAUAUCCUUUAAUUUCCAUUGCCACAUUCUGCAACAAAUGGAUCUUGGGAGAUCUUCAGUGCAAAAUAUCAGGAGUUAUCCAUACUCUAAGUUUCAUAGUAUCUGUCUAUAACAUCAUGGCUAUUGCAAUCAAUCGUUACUGCUGUAUCUGUCACAGCCUCAUAUAUGACAGAGUCUACAGUAUGAAAAAUACCUGCUGCUACGUUCUCUUAAUUUGGAUUUUCAGCAUCAUUUUGCUUUUGCCAAUUAUGUUUUUUGAUGUUUUGCAGUAUGAUGAAAGAGUACAUUUCUGUGCAUUUAUAUUUGCAGCAAAUCCUUCUUUAACAAGCACAUUGGGAGUGAUACACUUCUUAAUACCUACAACCAUUGUGAUCUUUUGUUAUUCAAGGAUAUGGAUCUUGGUUAUCCAAGUUAAAUAUAGAGUCAGAGAAAGGAAAAGACAAAAGUUAAAGUCUAAUGAAGUUCGUAACUUCUUAACAAUGUUUGCUGUGUUUGUUCUUUUUGCAAUUUGUUGGUGUCCAUUUAGCAUUCCUUCUUUAGUGGAAGCAUUAAAUCCCAGGGGAAAGGCAUCAGAAUUUCCAGUUUGGUUGUAUGUUUUAGGGUACUUUACUGCUUCCUUUAAUAAUUGUCUUAAUGGCAUAGUUUAUGGUGUUCUUAACAAAAAUUUCCGACAAGAGUACAAACGAAUUCUAUUGUUGUGCACAAUUAUGUUACCAUGA